UAAGAUUUUUUUGGGUGAUAGUAGGCUACGUUUGAUGUAAAGUUGUAAAUAAAUAAAAUAUGCUGUGUUUUAAAAUUUUAUCACGAAGCGAUUUGUCAUACUUUAAGCUGGUGUUUUAUAACUAGUCAAAAAUAGGACAUUUAUCAUUAUGGAAGAAGAUGAGAGGCAGAAGAAAGUACAGGCUGGCAAAGAAAAGCUGGCUGAGUUACUAAAGAAGAAGAACAGUAGAUCAAGGAAAAAGAGAAAAACAGAUGAAUGUUCUUUAGAAGAGGUUCAUCAAGUUGAGAGCAUGUCAGAUUAUACUAAUACUGAAACUGAUGAAUCAUUUCAAAGUACUGAAGAAGUACAACAAAUUGACCAAACAUCGUUAGGUGAAACAACAGCUCAGGACGUGCAGGAAGGAAUAAACACAUUACAAGAAUCCCUUGAGCAUAUAGAUAACCUAACAGUUGAAGAAAACACUGAAGAAUCUAGUUAUAAAGCAGUCAUUGAAGAAUAUAGGAUAAAGAUUAGAGAGUUCCAGAAUGCCCUUAUUCAGAGGGAUGACAUAAUUUCGCAGCUAUCUGAGCGACUGGUCACAACGUUAGAAAACAGAGAUGCUAUACAGGCUGAAGCAUCCACUCAAGCUGAGACCUUGGCUCAGGAAAUCAGUACACUUAAGCUUCAGUUGAAGCAGGCCACAGAUGUGGUUGGUAAACAGAAAAGUAAAACGGGAAUUUCAGCUCAAGAAUUGUUGGAAGCUAAAAAUCAAGUUAUAUUUCUACAGCAAGAAAAGGUUCACAAAGACAGUGUAAUUGUCAAUUUAUCUCAGAGAGUAUCUAGUAUGUCCUCAGAGCUGGACAUUUUACAAGAAGAACACCAGACAGAGUUGGAUAACUGGAAAAAAAGUUUUGAAUCUAACCAGACCUUGUGGGAAAACAAACACCAGCAAAUCCAGUGCCUUCUAAAGAAGGAACAGUGUGAGAAAUAUAAACUCUUUUCACAAGUAGAAGAACUUCAGAAGAAACUACUAGAAAAUGAAGAACAUGUGGCACAGCUAUCUGCAAAUCUAGUUAAUAAUCAACAGAAAGUUCAAGAACUUCAGAGACUUUUAGAUAAUGUUCAGAAUCAGAAUCAAUUAAGUAUCAACACUUUGAAGGAAGAAAGCUUCGAAAAAGAUACAAAGUUAAAGGUAGCUCAAGCUAAAAUUGAAGAAUUAAUACAGCAGUCUGAAAUGAAGGUUCAACAGUUAAUGAAGGAGUUAGAAAAACAACAACAGAAUGAUCGGUCAUCAGGUUCUGUUGACGUUGAUCAGCAGUUAACAGCUUUAAGAGUAAAGUUGGAAAAGGAACACAGUCAGAAUAUCAUGACAAUGAAGGCAGAAAUGUGGGAGCAGUUACGUUUUGAAGUCACCGCAGUAGAACAGAAACUUCAGGCUGCCGUAACUGAGAGAAAUAAUUUAAAUGAAGAACUUAAAAAGCUUAAAUCCUGUUCUGAUGGUAAACAUUUGACAAAUGAUAACAGUUAUGUCUCUCAUCAUGAAGGAGCAGGAGAUAGUAAAGAUCAGUUUCAUAGUGAUUUGCUAUAUUUUAUGAAACAGUGCGAACUUCUUGUUCAACAAAAUAAUCAUUUACUGCAACAAUUUUCUACAUUUAAAGACUGCCAUAAAAUACAAGCAAAACAAAUGAUUAGUGAUAAUGCACUUUAUACUGUAAGUAAUAUAGAAGAUGAGAGAGUUAGAUGUGAGAAUGACUUAAAACAAACAGAGAACCAGGUGGAGCUUGUCGACAAAACAAGCAACUUGUUAGUGUUCCCCUUUUUUCAGACACCAGGAAUUUCUUCAGGUGAUACAUCAGAAAAACAAGAAUUUAGUCUUCAGCCUUUUUAUUUUGAAAACAGGGAAACUACCAUACAGGAACAGUUUAGGACUGAAGAUGUAGCCAGCUCUUCAGACAAAAAUCAGAAUGAACUAUCACACCUUUCAGGUUUGGUAAAGGAUCACUUCACAAAUCUGUGUUCACAGUUUACGUCUGUUUGGGUGAUAAAUAAUGAACUACUACAAAAUUUACAGUCGUCAAGGGAAUACGUAAAUGUUUUGAAACUAGAGUUAGAUGAUGAAAAACGUAAAGGAUUUCACUCCGAGGAUUUAGAAUUAUUAGGUACACCAGAAGAGAUAUUACAGAAAAGUUUACAAAUACCUGCAGAUAAGAACAUUCAACAAGAGUUAAUUGAACAGAACAAAGUUUUGAAUACAAAAUUUAGUGAAGCUACAAAUACGACAGAGCAAUUAAAUAUGCAGUUACAAGAUUCUAAUGAUAAAGUCAAAGAGUUGAAACAAAAAAUAAAUAACUUAGAGCAUGAAGAAGAAACUAUCUAUGACAUAGUUGAAAAUAAUUGUCAAAAUUGGAUAUCUGAUCAUGAUCCAGAAUUGGAAAGAAACCAACAACUGCAAGAGACAGUGAUUUCCAUGAAUGGAAAAAGAUUAUCUCAUGAAUCUUUAGAAAAAUUGGAAAGAACAAAAGAACUUGAAUGUGAAGGAGAGAAGUCCGAAAUGACACACCCAAAACAUUUCCAAGAGAAAUAUAACCAGGAAGUAUCUGAGAAAGAUCAUUUGUCUAAACAGUUAGAACAUUUACAAGAGAAAUAUGACCAGGAAGUAUCUGAGAAAGGUCAUUUGUCUAAACAGUUAGAACAUUUACAAGAGAAAUAUGACCAGGAAGUAUCUGAGAAAGGUCAUUUGUCUAAACAGUUAGAACAUUUACAAGAGAAAUAUGACCAGGAAGUAUCCGAGAAAGAUCAACUGUCUAAACAGUUAGAACAUUUCCAACAUUUGCAAGAGAAAUAUGACCAGGUAGUAUCCGAGAAAGAUCAUUUGUCUAAACAGUUAGAACAUUUACAAGAGAAAUAUGACCAGGAAGUAUCCGAGAAAGAUCAACUGUCUAAACAGUUAGAACAUUUCCAACAUUUACAAGAGAAAUAUGACCAGAUACUCCUUGACCAGGUAGUAUCUGAGAAAGAUCAGUUAGAUAAAAAAGUGAAACAUUUGGAACAUUUACAAGAGGAUUACAGACAAGUAGUUUUUGAAAAAAACAAACUAGCUGAACAGGUGGCAAACUUCCAGCUGUCACAGCAGUAUUAUGAUUUGCUGGUAUCAGAAAGGGACCGGUUAUCAAAAGAAGUUCAACAACUACAAGGACUGCUAAAAGAAAGCAAGGAAAAUGAAAAGUUUGUAAAUCUAGAAUUACAGAAUCAGUACAAUAUAGCUGACUUGAAAUAUGAGGUAGAGAAACUAUCAAAUGAAAAAGACUGUUUGAAAUCAGAAAAUAAAGAUCUUAAUGAAAAACUGAGCGAAUACCAAUAUCAAGUAAAAGAACUACUUACAUAUAAAUCCCAAACAGAGGGUGAACUAUGUGACCAGAAAACAACACUGGACAAAAUAUUAUGUAAGUUAGAAGACCUUACAAUAGAUAAAAACACAGUUAAAGAUUACACAUCUCAUCGUGUAACUCAAGAAGUCUCGCAGUUGGAAAAAAGUUUUUACUUUUAUGUUCCAAAAGAGCUUGAAGAAAAAUUUGAAAAAUAUGUGAUUUUACUUCAAAAUAAAAUUUCUUUAUUGGAAAAUGAAAGACAAGACUUUAAUAAAUUAAAGGAGGAGUUUGAGUGCCUUGAAACUGAUAAAAAACAUCUGGAAGAUGAACUGGAGAAUUUGAAGAAAUCAAUUGAAGAACUAUCUGAAAUUAAAGGCUUACUUGCAGAUUCCCAGAGAGAGAGAGGUGUCUUCGAGACUAGGUGCAAGGAACUGUCACAAGAGCUAGAGAAUGUUCUCAGUUCUGAAGCGUUUCUUAAAGAAACUCUGGAGACUUUGAACCAAAAAAGAGACCUUGAAAAUGAGAGCUUAACAAAGAACCUUAAUGAAUACCAUGUUUUUAUUGACCAAAUAAAAUCUAUUUUGUUAAAAGCUAGUAUAGAUGUUGCAGAGUUUACUGUUGAAAAUUUACAAUUUGAAGAUAUUUCAAAAAUAUUAGAAAACAUUCAACUGUUAACAGAGAAAUUACAUAGCAGUCACAAGACCAUAAAUGAUUUAAAAGAAAAAGUUAAGAAGUUGGCUGAAUUAUUAGACCAGCACAAGAACCAAAAUAAUAUUUUAUUACAAGAGAUUGAAGAGGAAAAAAAAAAUCAUAUGCUAGAUUUAAAUAUUAUGAAAGCAGAAAUAGAAGAAAAACAUGAAGCAGAAAUGCAAGAGAAACUAUUGGAGAUUGAACAAAUACAUCACAAUCAACUAAGGGAGAAAGAUGAAGAAUUAAUUAAAACCAGAAAUGAUUACACCGUCGAAAUGGUGAGGUUAAAAUCAGAACUAGAAAAUAUGCAGGAUGCCAAACAAAAGUUGGAGGAAGAAGAAGAUGAAUUACAGAAAGAUUGGAAUCAAAAAUUGAAUUUUGCCGUUUCUUCUGGGAUCAGUGAAGAAAUAUCGAAAGUAUCUUCGUUGCCUUCAGAAUCAACUGUGAUACAUAAAGCUGCUAAUUCAGGUGACCAAAGUGCCUUUGUUAAUAUUGAUUCAAAGAGUUUUGUUGAAAACUCACACUUAUUUAAGCAGGGUUUUGGAGAAAAAGAUCUAACUGAAAGAGAGUGGAAAUUGAAAUAUGAAAAGCUACUUCAAGAAAAUAAAGUUUUGCACUGUGUAAAGGAAGAAUUAAAAUACAUCUUAGAAGAAAAUAAUAACACAGACACUAAAAUAAAGGAAUUGGAAAGUGAAUUAAUAAAAUCUGAGAGACAUACCGAAACAGUUGUUAAUUUUCUGAAAGAAAAAAAAGAAUUGGAACAAGAUCUGAUGAUGCAGGUGUUUAAUUUCGAGGAAGCUAAGCGUAAGCUUGAAGCUAAGUUGGAAGAACUUAAAGUUCAGAUUAGUGGAUUGUCUUCUGCUAAAAGAGCUUUAGAAGAAGAACUACAAUUAGAAAGACAAAAAAUUCAUAGCAGUAAGAUGGAAGAUCUUGCAGUUCCUGAAGCUGAAAUUUGGGAGUUAAGAUCUAAACUUCAGUUGGAAGUGGAACUAAGAAACAGCCUUGAGGCAUCUGUUGCAUACUUGUCCAAAAGAUGUGAACUCUUAGAUAAAGGUAAAAAUGAUCUACUAAUUCAGAUGGAAAAGUUUAAAGACCAAGUUAUGCACUAUUUGAUAGAACAACAAAAAACUCAGUCUGAUUUAAUGAAUGAAAGAUUUGAAAACCAAAAAACGAAACGGGAAUUAAUAAAUCUCCAGAUCAAGCUCAGAGCUCUUCAAAUUAGACAGUCUUCACAAAUCCAAAAUGUUUCUGGGGAAGAUAAUUAUUUUGAUGAAAUAGUUGUCGAAGAAAACUCUCAGACUGGGAUAGAUCAUUUCAGUAAUUCUUUGAAUCAAGGAGAUCAAGAACUGGAGAAAUCAGUUGUAGAAGUACUUGGACUAAGUGACAAGAUGGAUUAUCUUGCAAACAUAAGCCAAACAAUUCUAGAAGAAAAACAAAAGUUUAUAAAUCAGCUCACUCAGCAGGAGCAAGUAUUAAGUAACCUGAAGAAACUUUUGGAUAAAGAAAACCUCUCUGCUAACAAGGAUGUAGAAGAUCUGUACAUUCAUCUUAACCAGCUUCAAGUUCAAGGAAAAACACUCCUUGAUGAAAUAGAGCAACAUAUGCAGACCUAUUCUGAUGUUUCAGGAAUCUUGUACGACAGAAGUUUCUUAGAGCAGACUCAACUCAUGAUGAAAAAUGCUUUCUUGAAGAAUGUAAAAACUAGUGAGUUUGCAAGUGAAUACAUAGUGCAGGAACACAGUUGUCAGAGUCAACUUUCAGAAAAGCAAGUUGCUGAAGUAGAAUUAAAAUUACUAGAGCAAAUGAAGAAUUCUGUCAUCGAGCACCAGAGGUUGGAAGCACAACUGCAACAGAAAGAUUUAAUCCUGAAACAAUGGCAACAGGAGAGCAUACAAAAAGAAUUGGAAAAAGCAAGUGAAGAAGCUUUGAUACAAAUACAACAACAAGAAGAUCUAUCAAACUUACGCAGAAGGCUAACAGCAGAGGCCUUACAAGAUCUUAGACUGCUUCGAGAGGAGAUGGACAGGAGGCAUAAGAAAACUAUGCAAGAUUUAGAGAAUAAAUUGGAAAUGAAACAUUCAGAAAACAUUACACAUUUAGAGGACAGUUACAAGACUCAGGUCGCAGCUCUGCAAGCAGAAAAUGAAAGGUUGAAAAGGGAACAAGAGAGAUUAACCCUAUCAACUGCAGAAGUGGAAACACAAAUUGUAUCAGAAGAGUGCCUUAAGAAUCAUGUCAGGAGGUUGAUGGAUGAAUUGACCUGCAACCAGAAGGCGCUGCUGGAAAAUGUAGUGUUGGAGACUGAAAAGUAUCACAAAGAACAAAUUCAGGCUAUCAAAACAAAGUUUCAGGAUCAAUUAAGAGAAGAGACAGAGUCAAUACAGAGCUGUAAUGAGAAAAAACUUCAGGCACUUGUUGCCUCCUUGAGGCUGGAAUUUGAGAAAGAGAAGAGUUUAAUUUUGAAGAAUCAACAAGAAAAGAUAGAGAAGAAACACAAAGAAGAACUCAAUAAUUUAAAACACCAUCUUGAGAAAGAAAUAAACAACUUGAAGUUGAAGCAUGUGGAGCAGCAGAGAGAGGUAGAAAAAGAAUGCUCAGAAGUUUUGGCUGAGAGAUUAAGAGAUCAGCUGGAGGAAGAGCAUAAGCAGCACAUAAAGCAUUUAACUCAGCAUUGGCAUAUGGUUUACUUCACCCAUUUGAACAAAAUAACCGAGAAGACCACAGUGCUGCCUUCAACAGAAGCUUCUGAUGAGAUCAAAGAAAAGACCACAGUGCUGCCUUCAACAGAAAUAUCCAAACCCUCUGAUAAAGUUGAAUCUGAUGAAGGUACGGGAAACUCUCAGUCGAUUGACGUGAGGCUUGAAGGUCUUUUGACCGAAAGAGAGUUGCUGUUGAAGGAGGCAAAAGAUAUGUAUCAACGUCUUCUUGAUGUACAUGUAAAAGACCUUACUGAACUAAAACAAAGAGUACAAGAUGAAUACCAAGCUGUGUUGGUUCUCCACAAGAAGAUGAAUGCAGAGCUGGAUAAAAUUGUAGAAGAAACAAAUUUGAGCUCAAAAUUAAAAUCUCUUGAGGCAGAGAAGUCUGAGCUGCUUGGGAAACUUGAAAUCUUAAACCGACAGUUGGAUGCUAUAGAGUAUCAAAAUCAGCAGUUGCAGCUUUUGGUAGUACAGCUUCGUAAAGAUGACAGCUGUUUAAACUGUAAACGGAUGACCGAUGACAAGGACCGUGCUUUAGGGAAAGAAUCUAGUACAUCCCAAUUAGUGUCUCAAGGAACCUUAAGCAAGUCAUUUGCAUCCUUGGAAGAAGGAAGGCUUUCUUUAUUUGGGAAGGUUCCAUCUGAAGGAGGAGAUGUUUUCAGAGAACUUGAUAACCAUUAUCGAAAUAUGUAUGAAUUAAAGAUUGUAGAGUACGAAUCACAACUUAAGGUAGCAACAGAAGAACUUGAAAAGAGCUACCAAAAAAGACUGGAAACUGAGAGAAAGAAACAUCAGAAAGAAAUUAUAGAUAUGGAAAGUAAGAAAACAAAUCUAGAAAAAAAAUAUCAAAAUGAUUUAGAGAACGUAAUUGCUAGGCAUGAAUCAGAAAAGAGAGCUCUGGAGCAAGCAUACUGUGAAAAGUUAGCAGAAGAAAGAAAAAAUACUAGUGAACGUCCUCUUAUGUCUACUGUGGAUGAAGAUAAAGUCAAUGAUUUGUGCCAAAAGCAUUUGCUUGAACUUGAGAAGUUGCGCAGUGAACUGGAAGAAAAAUUUAUUGAAGAAAAAGAUACAUUAUGUGAAGAACAUGUAACAAAAGUAAAAGAGUUGAUUAUGGAACACAAUAAAGAGAUGAAAGUUCUUCAAAAGUGUACAAAAGAGAAAAAUGAACAGCGAGUGAUUGAUUUUCCUAAAGAUGAUAAAGCAGUUUCUUUGGCAGAUGAAAUAAGUCGGUUAACUAAAGAAAAAGAAGAAAUACUUCAAAAUAAACUAGAGAUAGAAACAAAACUAAAUUCUCAGUUGGCUGAUCUGAUCCAAGAGCAUCACAAUGAUUUACAAGCCCAGAUAGAGGACAUGAACAUUAGAUUCAAUGAACAGAGAAAGACAUUCGAAGCAGAACUCCAUCACCAAUUAGAAAACAUCAAAAUGAAUCACGGACAGGAAAUGCAGCUUCAAGAGAGAGUAUUGAAAGAAAAACAUCAGGAAACUUGUGCUAAAUUAGAGGAAGAACACAAAAAACAGUUGAAAGAAUUGAAAUCAUGCCAUUCAACGGAGAUCGAGCAGUUGCAAGACAUGAUUGAGGAACAAAAGAUGACCAGUCAAAAGCAGAUUGAAGAUCUUAAAUCUAGUCAUUCCUUAGAAGUUGAUGGAUUUCAGCAAAAAAUAGAAGACCUUCUGAAAAAGAAUAGAGACUUGUUCUCGAAACAUUUGUUAGAAAUGGAAGAGGUUUCUCUUUAUUAUUCAAAUGAAUCUAGACAGAUGAGCAACAAGUUACGAGCCAAAAUUGAAGAAGAAAAGACACACUUGUUGAUGGAAGUAUCUAAGUUAGUUGAGAAAGGAAUUGAGAAAGGACUUGGUCAUAAAGUAGAGGAGAUGAUCUCAAACCUACUUCAAGUGAUUAAUUCUCUGAUCACGGUUAAGACACGUGUAAAAUCUUUGAGUGAUCUUGGAAAGAAAGAUGAAGACAAUGGAGAAAGCUUGACAAAAAAAGAUCACAAUAUUUUGAGUGUAAGUAUAAGUGAAGAAGACCUUCAGAUACUAAAGGAAAAACAAAAGGUUGAGGUUAGGGAAUUACAUGAAAAAUUUAAAAUUGACCUAGAGAAAGCCAAAGCUCAGGCUAAGAAAGAAGCAGAUGAAAAGGAACAACAGAAUGGAGCUGCCAUGUUAGAAGAAAUGGAGAAACUGCGUCUAAAGAUGGAAAUGGAUAUGGCCGGGUAUGCAAGUGAAAAUGAAAGAUUAGCUCGAGAAUUGGAGGAGUUGAGAGACCAUAUUCACUUGCUUGAAAAAAGAAAAACUAAAUUUGGAACAUAAGCUUGGAGAGGAAAAAAUGGGAAAGAAGACACGUGAAACAUCUAAAGUAACUUCUACUGGUACUACAACAUCAACCAGGGAUUGGCAAACAGGGUCAGAGUUGUCAACCAUUGAUAUACAGUCGUGGCAGGUGGAUACGGCUCAGACAAACUCCCGUCUUCUUAACGUCUUAUCGCAUCUGGUAAAAACCUUCUUGGACACUGAACAUGAUAUACAAAACCAUUUGACUAAGCUUGGUUUAGAUGCUGGAUAUUUGAAUGAUGGAAAUCAA